AUGUCGGUCACUGAUUCCGCCGCAAAUUUCCGUGCGAGGGCCAUCGCGCUGGGGCUUGAUGAGGCCGUUCUGCAGAAGAUCGUCGACGGGGGUAUUGACACAUUGGCCAAGUUUGCUUUUUCGUCUUCAUACACCCCGGGCGCUCAGGAUGAGAAGCCUUUUCUUGAUUCCAUCGCAACUCUUCUGGGUAGGGAUGGUAGCGUGGGAGAAUUGUCAGUACUUCGACGCUUAUUCCAUGAAUCCUACUCUCUCACCUCUGCUGAGUUGAAGCAGUCAGUGGAACGUGUCGAGGACGGGCCUGUCAAGAGAUUGGCUCAGCCAGACAGGGCCGACCGGUUGGCCAAGCAACAGAAACGCUUGCCUGGGAUAAGCAUCCGAGGUCCUCUUGAGCCAUCUGAUCGACUCGUGGAUCGUUGCGUGGCGAUCUAUGAGGAAAACCGGCUUGUCUACGUUGAGCUUUCAGCCUGCACCUCUAAGGAAGAUGAAAUUAAGCAAGCCACGCUCAAGGAGGACAGGCAUCUUGUCGUAGAAAGCGGGGGAAAUGUUCGACUCAAAGGCCUGGUGAACAACAAGAUGGAUGCAGACAUUUCCUCUGAUUUGCUCAUGCGGUAUGCUCUUACUAGGCGUGGCCUAGCGAUGGAGCAAGCGGGAAUCAUCUCAUAUACACUGCAUGACGCAUGGACCGAGCAACUGCUCGCGUGCCCCAGCCGCGUUUCCUUGCAACAGGUCAUCCAUGCUGACAGGCAAUUCUUCAUCAAACUUGCCGAGCUCACCCGGGAAGGAAUACAGCUUCAGGCGAAGGGUAGGCCAUGUGAUUUGCACUUCGAGACAGCUCGCAAUCACCCGGAUGUGGCGCACCUAAUGCAACCCCUUCUUGCAGCGGUGCCUAGACCAGACCCCACAUGGACGCCCCGAAAAGGCGACGGCAAGAACAGCAAGGGAGGUAAAGGUCAGAAGGGCGGUAAAGGGAAGCGGGACACCACUGCCAUCACUGCUGCGAUGCCUAAGGAGAUUGCUGAUGGGGGGUUAUCUUUCACGCCUAAAGGGUACGCAAUCUGUUGGGAUUAUAAUCUCAAUAGAUGCAAGCGCAGAGUCGGAGCCGAUACAGGUAUGAGCGUUGAUGCAGCCGGCGGUGCUUCCGCCGAAAUCCUUUCACAACAGUUGCUUGAGGCUGACAGGUUGCCCACUCCAGAGGAGAUUGAAGAGCUCGUUAGCCUCUUGCCGCAUGGCGAGUUGACCGGCGAACGCCGGAGCAACGCGGUUGAACUGGAUGCCUUGGGGUUCGCACUUCCAUCGCAGUACCCCGCCACCGGCAACCAGGCAAUUGCGCGGCACCAUGGACUUGCUUGCCCCGACGUGGCAUUGUCAUCCACGCCAGCUGGUGUUGCCCAGCAAAAGCGAGGCAAACCUGAAGCUUCGCUCCUGCCUGAGUUCGGCAAGGUCUUGCAGGUAGAUGUCGAUCAGGUUCCGCCAGUGAACCACAAGCAGUGCCUCACUCGCCCGUUGGGCGAGGUGCCAGCAGGAUCCAAGCUCAUCGCCACGUCUCUUCUCAGGGGUGAUGCGGGUGGCGAUGCGGGUAACGAGGGUAAGAGAUUUCGCCUUUCUUUAGGAGUCUUUGCCACGCCAGAUGAGUUCGUUGAUGCGGCCAAGGACUUGCUACAUCCUUUUGCUGCUUCGGCUGUUCUGUCGCCUAUCGUGAAAAGGCGUUUGUUUGAGGCCUUGACCAAAGGUCCUGAAUGGGUUCAGCGACAACGGUGCUCCAAAUUGAAAUUGUGGCUUAGCUGGGCCAAAGAACUGCAAGUUGCCGAAGGAGAAAUGAAAGGUAAGCUAGAUCCUGACAUUGGCCGUGUGCUUCGAGGCAAGCGCUUGUUGCUUCUGAAGCGUAUUGCUGAUGAUAUGGACUGGCCCGACAAGGAUUGGUUGGGUGAGCUCUUGGAAGGGUUUGACUUAGUCGGUAGUCAGAAGCACACCGGGGUCUUCAAGCGAGAGUUGCGACCACAAGCAAGAACUAAGGCGGACUUUCUUGAUGCUAGCAAGUUCUUGCGACCGGCACUUCUGGGCAAGGUCGCCUCUGAGGGUCUGAACGAGCAUUCUCAGGAACUCUGGGACAAGACCUUGGAAGAGGUGACGGACGACCUUCUUGAAGGACCUCUGACGCAGGAGGAGGUUCAUGCCAGACAUGGUGACCAUUGGGUCCCGGUUAGGAGGUUCCCGGUGGUACAAUCUUCAGCGGGCAAGAGGAAGCUUCGACCGAUUGAUGAUUUUUCGGAGAAUCUAGUCAACGGUUCUUUUUCGUAUGCCGAUAAGAUUGACUUACGUGCCCUUGACGAAAUCAUUGCCAUCUGCCGAUGCUGGACCCAGGCAUGCACUUCAGAACAUCAGUUCUUUUUCGCGAUGCCUGAAGGGCCACCGUUGGUGGGCCGUGUCCACCCUUUGUGGGUCAGCGGGGCUUGGGAGCCUUUGCUUACAACGUUCGAUUUGAAGAAUGCUUAUCGUCAAUUCCCAUUGUCACCAGGCAGCCGUGCUCAUGCGAUCAUUGCACUGUUGGACCCGAGCAGUCUUGGCGUGGGUUUGUUCGAGUCCAAAGCGCUACCCUUCGGUAGCACGGCGUCGGUGGUGCACUUCAAUCGAAUGUCACGUUUGUUUUGGAGGAUUGGCCUUGAACUUCACCUGUGGUGGAGCAAUUUUUAUGAUGACUACCCAGUCAUGACGCCAACACUGCUUAAGGAUUCCACCAUGGCGACUAUGAUGCUCCUGUCCCAGCUGUUAGGGUUUAGUGCCUCCCUUGAGAAGUUGGCCCCAUUUUCUUCGGUUGGUACGAUGUUGGGCGUUGAAGUAGACUGCAGUUCAGCGCCCGAUGCGCUCAUCCGUGUUCGCAACAAAGAGGGUCGUGCCAGCGAGGUGUGUGAGGUCAUACAGGGAUGCAUUAAGGCUGGUGUGGUAAGGCAAAGAGAUUUCGCCCGUGUCGCUGGCAGGAUUCAGUUCUCAGACUCGCAAAUCAUGGGACGUACCGGCAAACUAGCUUUGGCCGAGUUGCGAGCCUCAUCGGCCAGGCAUGCUGACAAGUUCCGUCUUGGAGAGCAGGAGGUUAGGGCCUUUGAUUUCUUGGUCAGUCGACUGUCCUUUGGUGCUCCUAGGGUUGUACCCUGUUCGGUUCCUCCGAAACCGAUUCUUGUCUUUACCGAUGGCGCCAGCGAAGGAUCUGUCCACACAGUGGGGGGAAUCAUGUUUGACCCGCGAGAACAACAACCGAAGUACUUUGCUUGCCAUGUGUGCGACAGUGUCGUCUCGACCUGGUCCAGGGACCUUCAGCACAUCAUAGGUCCAGUCGAGGCCUACGCUGUGCUCACAGCGAGAAAGGUCUUUCAUCAGUCUCUGUCGGGACGAUAUUGCGUGUACUUCAUUGAUAACGACGGGGUACUACUUAGCUACAUCAAGGGUACGUCUUCUAGCAAACCUAUGCGAGAUAUUUUGCUGAUGUGGGAGUCCUUGGAGAUGCAUGCUCACACGUGGGCGUGGUGGGCUCGUGUGCCAUCCGCAUCCAACCCAGCCGAUGCGCCGUCAAGAGGCGAGCUGGAUGAGCUUGUCAAAGCUGGGGCAUUGCGUGUGGAUUGUGAUUGCCCGCUUACCGGUACAAGACUUGUCGACUUGUAA